AUGAUUCACGAUUCGAGUUCUAGCGAAAUGAGUAGAUUGCAAAAUGAAAUGAUCCCAAUUGACCCCAUGAAUAGAACAAGCAGUAAAAUGAAACUGCACGUAGGGGAGGCAGACUUUAACAGCAUCUAUGUUGACAUACUGAAUAUUCAUGAAACACUUGUGAAUCAUAUUCAAUCAAUAGUCAUUCAUGUUUACAACAUGUUUGAAAGAUCAUUAUAUUCAUCCAGUAAUGACAACUCGUGUGAAAAACUGAACAUAGAAGAUCAUAACAGUAGUAACAGUAAAUGUGUAAACAUGAGAAUUCUUGAAGAACGAGAAACAACAAGUGCUGUAGAUUCUAAAACUGCAAAAGAAUUUGCAGAAAUACAAACAGAACCUUGUGCAUAUGUAGAUAAAAACCAAUAUGUAAAAAUUGAGCCUGCAAGGGGGGAAAGUUGCAGAAGCGAAUAUUUCAUUGCAGAACCUGAAUAUUUCACUGCAGAACCUGAAUAUUUCAUUGCAGAAAACGAAAGUAUAAUAAAUGAUGAAAAGGAAAAAUUAUGGAAGAAUAUGAACGAAGUGGUGAGUGGCAGAAGGCAGCAUAGUAAAUGUAGCAACGUGAGAAAUGUACACAUGUCAGGAGAAGAAGUAGGAGUAGGAGAAAAAGGGUUAGAUGAAGUAGAAGACCAAGUAGGAGAAGAAACAACGCCGCUUGAUCAUGCAAAAGAAUGCAGUAAAAAUAAGGCACGCAUGAACAAAGUUGGAAAUUAUGAUGCACCAGUAGAAGUUCUGAUUAAUCAAAUUUGUAGAAAGGAGAGGACAAGUGAAAUUAUAAAUGAAAAUAAUAAAGGAGAUAUGGGAAAAAGAAGCGUGGAUAGUAACAAAAAUAUACAAGAUAUAAUUACUGAAAAUAAAUUAAACCUAAGAAAACAUAUUGUCCUUUUAGAACUAAUGAAAUAUGUGAUUUUGCAAGCGAAUAAUAUACAGAAUGAUCUGUAUAAAGAUACAGUUAUGACCCCUCAGAUGGUAGGUAAUAAUGACAUUCAUAAAUUAAGAAGAAAUAUGGAAUAUUUUAAAAUAAAUUUGAAUCAUGAUGAAAGCAUUUGUAAGUACUACAACUUUUGUAAUGUGAAUUUUCAAAGUAUUAAAAUUAAGUACAUAAAUAUUAUAAGUUAUUAUAUGCAUCUGCUUUCUCCAUUUAACAAGUUCUACGAUGAAAAUUGUGAACUUUCUAGAAUCAAAUAUGAAUAUGUAGACACAUAUGGGGAGGAAUAUUCACCGAACCCCUCAGAUGAUCAAACGGAUCUAACAAUAGUAAGAAAAAGGUUAAAUGAAAUUGUACUCAAUUAUGACUAUAUCGUAGAAGACAUUUUAAAAAAUAAUAACAUCUAUGGAUUUCCACAAAAUUAUCUGUACAACUUGAAAGAUAAAAUUCUGCAAGGGGAAUUUCCACAGGAAAAAAUCUCAAAUGAAAGAUAUUUAAAAGAUGAAGAUAAUUUCAGAAAGUCCGUAUUGCCUCAUUUUAGUAGCCAUUCAGUGAGGAGUACAUAUAAUCCACAAAAUGGGUAUUCAGCUUAUUCCUCAAGUUGGAACAAAUUGGAUAUUCUUCCAUGUGGAGAUGGCAGAAGUGGUGGAGGUGGUAGAAGUGGUGGAGAUGGCAGAGACGAUGGGUUUUUAAUCAUGCAUAACCCCAACACAUACAACUCCCAAGACAUGAAGGACUCACAUGAAGGAGUGAACGGAGAUAUUCUGCAUAGCAUAAACCCAUUGAAUAAUAAGAAUGAGGAGAGAGUAAUUCAUAUUUUUAGUCACACGGAUGAAAGUAGAAACGAUGUAGUUAGAAGAAUUAAUGAUAAGAAGAACAAUUUUGUGACUAUGAAGUGUGCUUACAUAAAUGGAGAAGAUAGACACCACAUUAAAAAAAAACUUAAUGAAAAUCUGAACAGUUAUUCGAAUAUUCUACCUGAAGACAUGCUAAGAUUGAAAAAUUCUUGCAAUAAUAAUAAAGUUAAUGUAAACAGUUCUGUACACUUGAGUUCAUCAAAUAUGAGUUACACAGAGUCAACUGAUAUGGAGCAAGUAAGAAGAGGGAAUUUUUUCGCAAACGAAAAUUUAAAGGAAAAUAAAGAGAAAAUAAAUAAAACAAUUUGUGGUGAUAAUAUGGUGAGCUAUGAUCAAUUUGGUGCAUCAUCUCCUUUGUAUAGAGAAGAAAAUAAUUUCUCUCAGUUUGAUAAAUAUAUACAAAAUGGAAAUUAUCAAUAUUCACAAAAUUAUAAUAAUGUGCUUCUUGGGGGAAAGCAAAAGUUGAAUACAUAUAACAAUAAUUUUGAAAAUGUCCUAAAAUUGAAUGAAAAAAGAAAAGAAAAGAAUUUUUUUGGAGGAUCAAAAAUUAUUACCUGUUACACGGGACAAAAUUGUCUGAGAAGCACAAAUGAUGAUCACAUGAUUGUUGAAGGAGGUAAUUACAGUAAAAUAGGAGGAGCAUCAGCAGGGACAGAAGCAGGGUCAGGAGAUGGAUAUCGAGAUAGAUAUCGUCAAGCCCACUUUGACCACUUUGAUGUUCAGAUGACAGAUGUAAAUGAUAGGAACCGUUCCUGUCGUUUAUCACCAAUAAGAAAUAUGACAAAUGCAAGACAAAAUAAAAAUUGCAAUCUUUCCUUUUACCCUCAAACGAAUACAAAAAAUGGAACCAAACUGAUAAUUUUCAACGGAACAGAACCAGGAGAAACAGAUGCAAAGCUAAUCACUUCUACAGAUACAGACGAAGCAAAAAAUAUUCAUAAAAUUGAAGGGCACCCAACUGGAAAGUCUCAGAGUGGAAACAGGAAUGGACAUAGUAACACUGGUGAUGAUGCGUUUUGCCCAACUGGAGAAGUGGAACAGGGAGAAGUAGAACAGGGAGGAGUAGAACAGGGAGAAGUAGAACAGAGAGAAGUGGAAGAAGAAGGAGCAUCAGGAACAGAUGCUGGCAAGACAUACUCCUUAAGCAUAGUUAAUAAAUAUGAUAAUAAUCACAACACAAACGAUAAGCACUUCUUCAGUGCAACACCUAAUUAUGAGAUUGGUGAAAACUGGGGAAGCACACCACAAGGUGUUAAUAAUGCCGGUGUAUAUAUCCAGAGUUUGGAUAUCAAAAAUGAUAAUAAUUACAAAAGAUAUAUAUUAAAAAAUACCACAUAUAAAGCAUACUUGAAUAAUGAGUUCAAAAAAACUGGAAGCAGAGAUGGUGUUUUUUUAAACACAACUGAUUGCUCUCUAAUGAGGAAAAUGCGAACAAGUUCGUUUGUUGAAUCAUACAAAAAGAGUCAAUCAGUUUUGAAUUCUCAAUUCUAUCAUAAUAUUGCUAGAAGCAACAGUCUUAACAGUAACGAUAGCCCAUGUUCCAGCUGGGUUCAAUCACUCCGUGUUGGAGAAAAUUCCAUUUUUCCAGAAGUUGGUAUUCCAGUUCAGGUUGUGAAAAGUGUUAAUAAUGGGUUUAUUGGCCGUGGUACAAAUUUGAGUAGUGAAAGUGGAAGAAGUGGUAAAAGUGGAAGAAGUGGUGAAAGUGGAAGAAGUGAAGGAAGUGGAAGAAGUGAAGGAAGUGGAAAAAGUGAAGGAAGUGGAAAAAGUGGAGAACGUAACAAUAACUACACGAAUGGAACGGGUAGCAAUAACAGGGGUCAUAGUGGAAACUAUGGAAGCAACCUAAAGAACGACUGUGGCACGAAUGAUAAUGAUGAGGAUGAUGAGAAUAGAGAAGAUAGAAACAAAGGGAAAAAUAACUAUUAUAAAGACAAAGAAGAUGAAGACCGUGAGGAUGAAGGAAAUCAAAAGAGCAGUGAGUAUGCCAAUAAUGUCAUUCAGAACCAAUUUCAAAGUGGGAUGGUAGAAAAACAGGAAAAAAAUAACUUUAAAGUGAAUAGUAUGCAUGAGAAUAGUAUGCAUGAGAAUAGUAUGCAUGAGAAUAAUAUGCAUGGGAAUAAUAUGCAUGGGAAUAAUGUGCAUGAGAAUAAUAUGCAUGAGAACAAUAUGCAUGAGUCCAUCGAACAAUUCGGAGCUACUGAAAAUGACACUCGAAGUGAUAUUGAUAAGGAAUAUACACAUCCAUCAAAUAUUGACGAAAAGGUCGAAGCUCUUUUGGAAGAUCGUCCACAGACAGAACCCAGAAAGAAUGGAGAGAUGUGUGAAACUGGUACAUCUAAUUCUGGUGGAGAUAGGAGCAUUGGCUUAAGUAAUAAUUUGUAUCAAAUGAACCUUCCUACCACCACAGUCAAUGCUAGCAGCAGACGAAAGGUGAACUGUGCAGGAAUAGUGACUAGCCAAUCUAACAUGGAAAAUGUGGCAAAUAUGGACAAUAUGGAAAAUAUGAAUAAUAUGGAAAAUAUGAAUAAUAUGGAAAAUAUGAACAAUAUGGCAAAUAUGAACAAUAUGACAAACAUGAACAAUAUGACAAACAUGAACAAUAUGACAAACAUGAACAAUAUGACAAACAUGAACAAUAUGACAAACAUGAACAAUAUGACAAACAUGAACAAUAUGACAAACAUGAACAAUAUGAGCAAUUUCAUAAAUUUUAACAAUCAGUUUAAUUUCUCGAACAUAGGAAACGAUGGAAACCCUGGAACCUUCGUAGAUCCCACAAACUACAAUACAUAUCGGAGCUAUGGAAAUUUGGAAAACUUUGGAAAUUUUGAAAAUUAUGGAAAUUGUGGCAACUAUGGAAACCAUGGCAACUGUGACUAUGUUAGUUAUGAAAAUUGUGAUUAUGGCAAUUAUGAAAAUUAUGGCAAUUACGACAAUCGUGGGAGCUAUGGUAGCUAUGGCAAUUACGACAGUCGGGGAAAUUAUGACAACUAUGGCAACCUUUGCAACAUCUAUAACAACAGUAACAACGUGGAAGAGGAACGUUUUCACUCGAACGAGUGCGCGUCGAAUCAAAGGAAAGGGAAUAGGGAUGUGAUGACUAACGAUAUUACUCACGCUGACAGGGAAUCGUCUGAAAUGCCAAGUAAGAGUAUAUCAUCCGAGGAAUUGAAAGUACGCGUGGGUGUAGAAAAACACACGGGUUCAACUAGCCAAAUUAGUGCAAACAAUAAUAUUUACGUCGAAAAUCACGUUGGUUCAGCUAGCCAGAUUAGUGGAAACAAUAAUAUGUACGUGGAAAACCACGUUGGUUCAGCUAGCCAAAUUAGUGGAAACAAUAAUAUGUACGUUGGAAAUCACAGAAAUGAUCUAGUAAAGAGCGAAAUGGAGAAUCCACACACAGAGGCACCAAGUAAUAAUACUCGUGAACAAAGUCUACUGAAUUGCAAAACGAACAUGAUAACCAUGUGCGAUAAGAGCGAAAAUAUGGAACAUGAUUUGCUUAGUUUUGCUAAUAAUGCAUAUGUAGAUAUUCAUAAAAUAAUACAGAAUGAUGAUUCAUUAAAAAAUGAAUUAACAGAUUUGGAAGAAUCAUUACAACUCGCGACGACAUCGAGUAAGGAUAACAAAAAUAGUAAACAGAAAUAUAACGAGAACGAAUUAGAGAUUUUAAUGAUGUAUGACAACUGUAAGAACAUGCUAAACUCGUGCAGCAUGUUACGAAACAAAGAAUUAAAAAACACGGAUGCAGAUGAAUACUUGAUGAAUGAAAAUUGCAUACCCCCCAAUGUCUUGAGGAGCAAUGAAAUGAUAAGCGACAGCCUCAAUGCAGACAUUGAAAAAAUCAUUGACAUAAUGAGUACAAACAUGCAGACAAAGACCAAAGAUAAAAAAAGGAAAUUGAGUUCCAUAAGUUGUACAAAGAACGAUAAGAUGUUAGCUAAAGAUUCAGGGAACAUUGAAAACACAUUGGAAAAAUCCUAUUCUAAAAAAAUGCCAAAAUAUACAUCUUUAGAUAAAAGAAAAAUAUACCAAAAGAUGGACAUAAGAACAUUAAAUAAAAAUGUGCAAAAAAAUAAGGAAGUAUGCAAAAACUGCUACAUUCACUAUGACAAUAGCAAAUCAAGUUAUAUACUAACGUUUAUAAACAGAAAACAGAAAAAACAAAGAAAACUUUUCCCUGUAAAACCUAAUGAAAAAGAUGAAGCUUAUAUUACUCAAAUUAUGAACUACAUAGACAAGUUAAAGGAUCAGGAAAAAAUUUUUGGAAUUAGCAAGAACGACGAGAUGGCAGCUCCGGAGGGAAGAGACAACAAUAGAAAAGGAGGAGGAGGGCGGGGUGGUUCUACUGCCCUUGGAGAAUUUUCUUUUGAUAAGAAUGAAAAGGUUGUUGUAACCCAAAUGGCGAAUAAUAUGAAGAAUCCGUUAGAUGGCAAGGGGAAGAAGCCUAUGUGUGACAAUGGCAACAACAACAGUGGGAACUGCAGCAGUGGGAAAUGCAACAAAGAUCAAGUGAUGCAGAAAAAGAACAUGUCGAAGGAUUCGUACACAGAUAGGAAUUUAUCGACAAAAAAGGAAAUGUGUACAUCUAACUUGAACCUGUUAAAUAAAAAGAUGAACACAUUUUUAAGUGGCAUAAACGAUCAGAUGUAUAUACAACCAAACAUGAAUUACAUUUCAGAUCCUCAUCCUCAUAUACAAAUGAUGCGAAACAUCAAUAAUAAUAGAAAUGGAACAAAAAACCCUAUGAACAUAUAUGAAGAUAUUAAUAAUAUUCCUCCCACUGUUGAUUUUAUGCAUUUUAACAAUAUGAACGAUGGAUAUUCAUUUGAAAAUUUUCAUUUAAUGAACCCACGCACAAGCAACGCUCAAAAUUUAGAUCUCUACUUUAAAAACAAUUCAAAAAAAGAGGAGCUGUCCAAAAAAAAAUAUAUGAAUGAACAAUACAACGGGGAAAGAAAUACCACCAUUGAUAGGAUGAAUAACAAUGUGAGAAAUGACAUGAAUAGCAAUAACAGAAGUUGUCUAAACACAAGAUCUAGUAUUAACAAGAUUGUAAACAUACAUUCCAACCAACGAUCAAGUAGACGAAUAAAUUUGAAUACAAAUAACACUACGCAUACCUCCAACUUGUAUGAAAAUGCAAUGAUGAAUCAAAACGUGAAAAAUAUUUUGCAUGCUUGUGGAAAUAACCAAACAGUGAACCCACAGAAGAAGGUUUUUGGUAGUACUAGUGGUAGUGGAAGUGGUAGUACUCCUCCUAUUAACACAAACGAUGAGUUUGGUUCAAUGAAUAUUUUUAGCAAUACAAAUUUUUCCAUUUAUCACAAUAAUAUGCCAACCAGUUGUGAAAAUGAAAUAAUAAAUAAGCACAAUUCACUAGUGAAUGAUUAUGCAGAAAGCAUGCUAGAUGAAUCGAACCGAGACACGAUGGUUGAUAUGGAAAGAACCACUGCUGGAACUUCAACUAUGUAG